GGGGGGGAUUUAUAGGAGUAACAACGGCUCGUGAUGUCAGCCCGUGCCUAAAAUAGAGAGGGAUUGACUGCAAAUCCACGGCUCGAGGGCUAAAACCUUCCAAUCCAGCCUCAGCCAGCGCCGCGCCGAUGUGAAGUCGCCCCCCACCUCCCGCUCGCAGCCGCGCACACACGCACACGCUCCCCGCGGCGAAGGGAGGGCGCCGGGGAUCGCAGCCCAGGUGCCAGCGCCUCCUCGCCCCGCCGGCCACUGCUGGGCGGCCGCGGGGCACCGACAGCCUGCUCUGGGACGGCGGGGUGGGGGACAGCCGAGGAGCGGAGCUGCCGGAUCCUAGCCCUGCGGAGCCCCCAGGAUUACAAGGAAUUGCGUGCUCCUUCCCAGACGUGAGCGAGGGUUAUACCAAAGAGCCAACCUCCGUCGCGCCCUGCUGUCCAAAUUAAUCCCUUGGACUCUUGAGAAGACAGGGGGGUUUUCGGAACCAUGGCAUCGACAGAAGGUGCCAACAAUAUGCCUAAGCAAGUAGAAGUCCGGAUGCAUGAAAGUCAUUUAAAUCCAGUGGAGCACAGAUCCGGGAACAUAUGUGUGCAGUUCUGCCAGUCGCUCCACAGGAAUCUGCUCCUGACUCUUACUGUGUUUGGUGUUAUCCUGGGUGCAGUGUGUGGGGGUCUUCUUCGUCUAGCAACACCUAUUGACCCUGACAUCAUCAUGUUAAUAGCCUUCCCAGGAGAUAUACUUAUGCGGAUGCUAAAAAUGCUGAUCCUCCCUUUAAUUAUCUCCAGUUUAAUCACAGGACUGUCUGGUUUAGAUGCUAAAGCAAGUGGCCGACUGGGCACAAGAGCCAUGGUCUACUACAUGUCCACCACUAUUAUUGCUGCUGUGCUGGGUGUGAUUUUGGUUUUAGCCAUCCAUCCAGGGAAUCCGAAACUCAAGAAACAGCUUGGUCAAGGGAAGAAGAAUGAUGAAGUAUCUAGUCUGGAUGCUUUCUUGGAUUUGAUCCGAAACUUGUUCCCUGAAAAUCUAGUUCAAGCAUGCUUUCAGCAGAUCCAAACUGUCACCAAGAGAGUGCUGGUGCCACCACCCAUUGAAGAGCCACCUAAUGUCACUGAUUCUGCUUUGGCUAUGGUGAAUGAGACAGCACCACCUGAAGCCCAACUGGUCAUUAAGAAGGGACUUGAAUUUAAGGAUGGCAUGAAUGUCCUGGGUUUGAUAGGAUUCUUUAUUGCUUUUGGCAUUGCUAUGGGGAAAAUGGGAGACCAGGCCAAGAUGAUGGUGGAUUUCUUCAACAUCCUGAAUGAGAUUGUAAUGAAGUUAGUAACUAUGAUCAUGUGGUAUUCCCCUUUGGGUAUUGCUUGCCUCAUCUGUGGAAAAAUCAUUGCCAUCAAGGACUUAGAAGUAGUUGCUAGACAACUCGGCAUGUACAUGGUCACUGUGAUUGUGGGUCUUGUCAUCCAUGGAGGGAUCUUCCUGCCUCUGCUCUACUUUGUGAUAACAAGGAAAAGCCCGUUUUCAUUCCUUGCUGGGAUUUUCCAGGCAUGGAUCACAGCACUAGGCACAGCUUCCAGUGCUGGAACAUUACCUGUCACAUUCCGGUGUCUUGAAGAAAAUCUCGGCAUUGAUAAGCGUGUAACAAGAUUCGUUCUUCCUGUUGGAGCAACUAUUAACAUGGAUGGAACCGCCCUUUAUGAAGCUGUGGCUGCCAUCUUCAUAGCACAGAUGAAUGGAAUUGACCUGGAUGGAGGCCAGAUAGUUACUGUGAGUUUGACUGCCACCCUUGCAAGUGUUGGAGCUGCCAGUAUUCCCAGCGCGGGACUUGUCACUAUGCUGCUGAUCCUUACUGCAGUGGGUCUCCCUACCCAGGAUAUCAGUUUGCUUGUUGCUGUUGACUGGCUUUUGGACCGGAUGAGAACGUCAGUCAAUGUAGUGGGGGAUUCUUUUGGUGCUGGCAUUGUCUACCACCUUUCCAAGGCAGAACUCGACACCAUUGAUUCCCAUCAUAAAGGGCACGAAGACAUUGAAAUGACCAAGACUCAGUCGAUCUAUGACGACAUGAAAAAUCAUAGGGAAAACAACUCAAACCAAUGUGUUUUUGCAGCUCACAACUCAGUCAUGGUAGAUGAGUGCAAGGUAACACUGGCAACCAAUGGCAAAUCUGCAGACUUCAGUGUUGUUGAAGAAGAGCCUUGGAAACGUGAAAAAUAAGUGAAGAGAUCCCUAGCUGCAUCUUUAAUAAACCCUGGAGCUAUCUUCUGGCAGAAGAUAUCAUGAUUAAAGAAGAUUUCUCUUUUUUUUUUUUUCUAUUUAACAUCUACAGUUUCUGCUUACUUAAUUUCGUAAAUGAAACUUAGCAAAGAUCUCAUCAAAUCAUUGUAGUGUCUUUGCCAAGCAAUGAUCCAUAACCAUCUGUCUCCCUUGUGUUACUGUUUGGAUGAUGCAGCUGGAGAAUACUCCAUGCAGUGCAAUGUGCUCUCACCCACUUUCCCUUUCAUUCAAGACACAGAGAAUGUAAAUGCUGCAAAAUGGGAAGAUCAAAGUGCCAGUACAGUUCACUACAGGGACUCAGGGUCACAAAUAUGAGAGAAACAUAACACCACGUAAGCCUUCAAGUGUUUUAGUGACUCUUGUGGCAUACCUGAUCUGUUUAUCACUGUAUGGCUAAAAUAUCUUUUGAAAACGUCCAUAAUGAUUUCUAUUUCUUUUAAUAAUUACAAGCACUGUACUUUUGUGCCUAGUUGUACUUCAAACUGACCUUAGAUCCAGGAGCGAGAUUAAUGUAUAGAAGUCAAUAAGUUAUCCCAGACAUUAUGUUAGAUCAGUACGACUAAUAGCAUCAAGAGAAGACCUUAGAUUUGUAUGUGCAUGUGGUGUGUUUUUAUCAGGUGUCCCAGGGCAGGUGCAGCCUUUAUUUUAUGAUGGUGCAAUGCUCCUUUGUGACCACAGUGCAUCACAUAAUACAAGGCAGUAUAAUUACAGGGGUGGUAGUUCACUAAAUCUGCCUGAUGUGCAAAACCACUGACUCAGUUAUGGCAUUCUUAAUCAAAGUAGGUAGUACCUUAAUGUUCACCCUGCUCCACUGAUCAGAGAGAUUUCUCAUGUGAAUGAGACUACUCCAGUAAGGUACUGCUAAGAUUGAUUUUGGAUGUUAUGAUUGGGUACUUGAGCUACAAACAAAUUCUGAAUCCAUUAUUCUUAGAGAAUUAUUGAAUGUGAUAAUCAGUAGCAUUUGCUAUGAAGUGAAAGCCAUCUUUCAAGUAUAUCUUGUUUCAGUGAAUGGCUAAAUCCUGAAUUCAUUGCUAAACCAAAUUUCAUAUAAAGUUAAUAGAUUUUUGUCCAGGGUUAGGACUGAAAGAAGACUAAACCAGAAUUUCAGGAUUUAAUGAAUUUACAUCUCUCUCUCUUUUGCAGAGUAAUAAGUCAUAUAACUCCCUAAUGGCAAAGAAAUGUUUUUUAGAGUACAUGGCAUCUGAACUAAUGAGAUGGUGUUUUGUAAACAGAUUAUAUCUGACUCAUCCUGUCAGAAGAAAUUACAGUUACAAUAAUCACCCUGUGAAGUGUUUUUAAAGGUGCUUGUUAAUAUUCAGCAAUUUUAAGAUACUAGUGAAUACCAUUAUACUAUUAGCAAUGUUCUAUAGCAAAGCUGAGCCACAUGGCCUUGGAAGGCUCUACUCACAGAACAAGCUUUCUGCAAUUUUGGGAGAGCUCUCGGAAGUUCUCAGAAUGAAUCGGAAUAUGAGCAUAUGGUGAACUUAAAAAUGGCGGUAAACAGAGUUGAAACAUUUAUGGAAAUAGACUAUUCAGUGUCUGUGCUCAGACCUGUCAUAGGUUUAAACAGGAAUAAUGUGUUUAACUGUAGACUGAUAUUUGACUCUGUAGAAGCUAUUAAAAUAUAAAUAUGGUCUGCUUUUGUUCAUCUGCAUUCAUAUAAAAAUCUCUGAAAAUGCACACCAACCUGAGCCAGCUAAGGCUACUUGCAUGGUUAAUAAUGUGCAAGAUCAAGUCCAUUGUCAGAGUAUCCCUCCUUUAGGCAUUUGUUGUGGAAUAUUUUUCUUACUGUUGUAUUUUUGUCAUCACUUGAAUUCCAUGGCUACAAUCCUAAGCAAAAUGACCUAUAUAAUUUAACACAUAUUGAACCACUGUGAAUUCUGUAAGCCUCUAACAUGUAUUAAAGAUGGAGACCUUUUCCAGAGGCCUCCUGAAGUAUCUUAAGGAUUUUUUAAUUUUUUUUUUUUUGGUGAAGGAUGGAAUUGUAGGUUAUUCAGAGAAGUGGCAGACAGAUUCUCUUUUCUUCAGCCAUUGUUAUCAGCAUAUCCAGAGUUAACCUAUAUCUAGCUACUGCUUCUCCCCAUUAGCUUUCACUGGGUUAUGUGCCAGAAAUGUGCCUAGGAUGGUGUGUAGGUACUGUAAAAUGUUCCCUACUCUGAGGGUGCUGGCUCACAUCAAGUGAAAUUUGCUGUGACUUGGGUGGUAGUUAUAUCCAAGAAAAACACAUAGCGUUUACCCUGGUUUAUAUCCAGCAUUCUUGAGCUGUUUCAUGGCACAGCUCGCCCCUUAACAGAUGAUUUUUCAUCCUUUUUCACCAUAGCAGUUUCUUAGCAGCAGCCACAGUGAUUGCUUGCCUUUAAAGUAGCUUUAGAAAACUGGUCCAUAUACUUUUAGCUGUCAUUUGAAACUGUUUAGCAGUUGGAAACAAACAGGAAUGUCAGUAACAUGUGACUAGGCAGCUCCACAAAAUUACAUGUUGAGAAAUGCUUAAAAUAUGCUUACAGUUAUCCAUUUGGGAUGUAUUGUCCUUUGAAGAGUGCUUCUUUGGAUAGAGACUAGGGAAGGAAGGAAUGCAAUAAUAGAGAAACCCCACCCACAUAUGGAAGAAUAAAUUUAGGUCUUUUGAUAGGAUUAGAAUAGCAGACUGUGAUUUUAAAAUAGUAAUUCUGUAGAUAGAGUAACUCAGGGAUUUUUCAAAAGAUAAUUAUGAUGGUAUUUCUCUAUUUAAAUGUGGAUGUGGGAGAAGGAGAAAUGUUGGGUUUUUUUACUCCUCUACUUGUAGCCUGACUGAAUAUUUAAUAUAGUGUUACUCCAGUGCAGCACUGUAUUAAAUCAUCAAAAAGCUUUCCACUUCUGUGGGAAAAUGUAACUCACUCUUGGCUUUCAUUUCUCGGUUUGCUCAAUCCACACGAGGCUGGGUUGCUACUUAACUAAACAAACAGAAAAUAACCAAGGGACCGUCCACUUCAGUUAAUACAAAGUUCACAUUUCAGCAAGCAGUGCUGGUUACGUGCCAGCCUCCUUUUAGUUUCACCAGGAGUGUCGAUGCAUUCAUUUGAAUCUGGCAAUUUUUUUUGUAUCUGUUCACAGUGCUGGGGUGGCAAAUUUAAAGGAAAAGCACAGUGGAAAGUGAUUUGUUUUCUAUGUAGUUCAAAUUAACAUUUCUUUGUGCAUUCAUCUCAUUUGCUGCUCUAGCAGUUCCCCCCACCUUUGUCUGUGGCACUGCAAUAUCCUUUGGCCUUUGGAUUGCUGACAGCACACUGGCACAUGGAAAAGUCUAGACCAGGCAAAGACGCAGCUAAUUGCAUACUAAAUUAAAUACAUGCUUAUGUGUUUGCUUUAUUCAUUUGCUGCUGAAGCGAGGUUGGCAUUCUCUUAGUAUCUGUUCAUUGAAACUAAAGCAUACUCUAUGUUAAAAUUAUGGGAGAGGUGGAGCACUUUGACAAAACUUGUUUCUUCAUUGCUUCCCUUGGAAGACAAAGGCUGCACCAGCCUUUUAAGAAACGUGUAUGGGUCUUAUACAUGAAGAUGCUUCAAAUAGGUAGGGGAUAAGCUAUUUGAACUGUAUUAUGAGAUGUGCUCUUUUCAUUUGAAUUGGUGAGAAACUCGGUAUGUCUUUGAAAAAUUGUUUGCAGUGGUAAAACCUGUGCCUGCAAUGCUUUGAUUAUUGGACUACAUGAAAUCCCACUGAAAUCUGUGGGAGUCACAAGCUUCCAGGAAAAGUCAAGUCCCUUCCUGUCUCUGUUAAUUUAUAAGACAUUUCACAAUCCCAUCCUAGGGAAUAGUCUUUGUUUGCUAUUUAUAAUGAAGUUGAUUCUCACAUCCAAAAAGAUAUCUGCCAAGAUGCUUCUUUUUUACCUAAUUGUUUCUAUGCUACAAGUCCAGCACUGAAAUUAAAACUCAGCACAAAAAUAAGGAUCACUAUCAUUACAGUUUUUUUCCAUAUCUUCUCUAAGGUACAGCUGAUCUCUGUUUUUUCUCAAAGCAUGUGGAAUUCUAGACUUUAUGCCACUUUUAAAGUACGAGUAAUAUAGAUUUCUGAUUUGUUUUCCAUCACUCCCAGGGUCAUUAUUUUUCCAGCAGUAAACACUCAGAAGAGCACACUGUUCAUUUGAGAAGUGACAGCAUUAGCAUUUGAACAAAUUUAUUCUGGUGACUGCCUGGAUUUUCUUUGCUUCCUUGCCUUCGCUAGUGUUAUUGCAGCCUUGUUGUAGCAACACAGCAGCAAUUGCACAAAUCCCCAUAACUAUAGGUAGUAUUAAACCUCACCUCUAACAUUCACUUCUGUAAUUAUCUUCAGAAGGGCUCUGAGCUUUAGUAUCAGGCUCAGAAGAAUCCUUUUGUGGAGAUGUAAAGGUAUAACUGUUUCUCAUUUCAUUAAGUUCCAUUCAUCUAUUUUUAUUGCUGCAUUUGAAUUAAUUUACAGAAGGAUAGAUAAGGGCACUUUAUAAAAAUGUACUGUAAUAUUAUUCUGUUAUGAGCCUGAAGACUGUCCUUGAUUUUUAUUACUGUGACUAUUAAAGCCACAAUUAUGAUAUUUUUCAUCUUAGCUAUUGUGAUAGGUGUAGAGUCCAUUGAGACAGUUAACCUCGGCUAUAAUUCACCAUGUAACACUAUAUAGAAGCUCCUGUUCCCAGCAGAAAGCAUUCUUGGAAAGAUGAGUUAUUUUCUUCUCUCCAAUAAUAUUGAUGACUUUGAAGGAAAAAUAUUUACCCCAUUUCCUUUGUCUAAAUAGUGAUAUAUAGAGUGUAGUUUCAAGUACUAACAAAAAAAAAGAAAUCAUGAUACUGAAGUGUCAAAGAAGGCAGUCAAGCUGUAAAUGCAUUGUUCAGCUUCGCCAUGUAAUUUUUUAAAAUGCUGUGUUCUUGCUCACAAUUUUCCUGAAAAAAUGUAUUUAGUGCACAUUCCUUCCAAAGUUGUCAGUCUUUCUUCCCACAUAGGCACGAAGGCUGUAUCUCUCCAUGGUCCUCAGACAAAGCACAGACUCUGCAGUUCUGCACACUUAAGGCAGGACUCUGGGCAAAGUCCCCAGGAGCUGGGGACUGUACAAUGGAUGCCUCCCUCAUUUUUUCUUCCUGAUCAUGUUCUAUGUUAAAUUGAAAUCUGCUGCUACGAAUGAAUCAAAUUGCUGCUGAUGCCCAGGUGCUGGUAAUUCUUUUACUUCUCUUAUGAGUGGGCUCCCUGGCACAAGGCUCUGAGGAACCGUUCCCUCACAUGUGCCCACCAUCUCAGAGACAUCUUCCCCUGCUCAGGGGAAACCUAGUUGCUCCCCACUACCGGGUUGAUACAAAUCCUAACACAGAUAAAGUGGUUGUGCAGUUGCAAGUACGAGUCUUACAAAAAAGCCAGGUUCCAAAUAUUGAAAAAACCUAGAGCAUAUGACUGAGCCGCUGAGUAGGUCUCUACUAGUCCAGGAUGGAAAUAACUGACAGACUAAUGUAAGAUAUGGGGAGACAAGAAGACUUGUAAGAUUUAUCACUUCACCCAAACUUUGAUCCCCUUUCAUUUCUAACUACAUUCUGCUGUAGAGCCGUUGCUGAUUGAUGCUAGAGCAUCCAUUCCUUCUUGUCUGAUUUUUCAACAUUCAGGAGUCCUGCAACUGUUUUUAAUGAUGCUCUGUGGCAUACAUCAUUGCAUGAAGAGAAACUGGCAUAGGCAGCAUCACACAACCUGGAUUGUCUGGUACCUGUAUAUUGCUUUGUACAUAAAUAAUAUAGUUUGCAGGGAUUUUUGUAUCAUUCUUUUCCAUUCGUUUUCUACAGUUUUUUGGAGACUGUAUGCAAACUGUGCUUGCAUAUUGAUGUUGUAGUUAGUAUUGUAGAUUAUAGCAUUUCCAUUUUGAUGGUUUGUAUGGAUUUGUGAGUUCCUGUGCACUACACAUUGUCCUUCUUUCUUAAAGACAAUUGCAUACACUUCCAUCCAACACAUCCUGCUCCUUUCUUAAAUAUAUCAUAUUUCCUAUGGUCUGGUGUGAGCUCUUGCUUGUCGAAUGCAUUAGAAAAAGCUGAAUAUGUAUUUAUAGUAUUAAAUAUUAUAUGCUCAACACUGAUUUAGUUAAGAAUAAUACAGGUUUUAGGGGUUUGUACUUGUUCUCUAGAAACUACAGUGUAGACUGACUUAAAUUACCUAGUAUCUGUAAUUUACAGACACACAAAUAUUUUCUUAUAAUAUUUUCUAUGUGAUUAUAUAAGGUAGGGACAUAAUUCUCUAAAGGUGAUCUAUACCUUAAAACAAAACCAGUUUUCAUAUGACAUUUAGGAUCAAUGAAAUAUUUCUGUGUUAUGUUUAGUGACAAUUCAUAGACAAAGCACAAAAUGCAAGAAGCAAAUAGGAAUUUCAAGAUGUCCUUAAAUGCUGCAGUUCAUUAUGGAACAGUGUUAUAAUAAUCUUAUCUGAGCAAUCUUCUAGGUUGACUGUCUUGGGCAAUCGUCCCUCAUUGUAAUAAUUUUUCUUGAUGUUACCUUUGCCAAAUCCUGCAGUUCUUUCUUAGGCCCUGCUAAUAUAUAUUUGAUUGACUCAGAAUGCAGUUUUAGAAAAACUGGAGAUCUGAGGAGGCAAAAAAUAUGCUACCAGGUACCCUGUCCAUCUUGCCACAAUACAGUGUGUGAGAGUUCAGCCUGUGGAAAGAGUUUAUGAUCUCACCACCUACUUUUGCCUUCUUGAAAAAGGACCAAUAGAACCGCCAUGGGACCAAUGUAAUUGGGUAGCAUCCAUAUAAAUACCUCUUGCUUUCUUAUGUAUUUUAAAGAGAAUAACCACUAUAUUUUUCGACCCAGAUGGCAGUUGCUUCUCAUUUUGGUCAUCCCUUCCCAUUAGGCAAAUACCUGUUGGCAUUAAGGCCGUGGCUAUAAUAAUUUCUACUUAAUAAAUAAGGAACUGUUUUUAGAGGAAUAAAAAAAAAUUAAUAUAAAUAUUCAUAACACCUAUAUAACAAAAAAAUCUUCUAUGGCCUACUAGCUCUUUGACUGUGAUUCAAAACAAAGCAAACAUUGAAUAGCAAGGACUGCUGUCUCAGUGUGACUGAUACUGGGUAUCUCUUUAACGAUUAAAUAAUCUAUGGGGCCAUGUUAUUCUGCUGAGGUUUUGGAGCCUAAGUUUCUAGUAGAUAUAUAUAUGUAGGAAGUGUGUUGAUAUACCCUUGUAUUUUAAUCUUUAUUGUAUUUUAAAUCAGAUGUAACAGGUAUUAUCUUAAUAGGAAUCACUGGUAGAAUAGUGCUCAGUUACUAAUAGCUGGAAAACCCUAUUGAUACAAUUUUUGACAUUUUGUUGAAGCAUGAUGUCCAGUGCCUCUCUGCACUUAGUGUAGAUAAUGUAGCUAUCAACAUGUAAUUUCAGUGAAAUGGUGUAUACAGUAUGUGUAGCAGUGCAUUAAUUUAAUUUAAUUGGUUUCUAUGUGUUGAGCCAUAGUAGAAAAUUAGGCAGUGUUUUGAAAUUUUGUUCUACUUUCUGUUUUUCAUUUGUAUCUGGGUUUGUUUCUUUUUGGCCAUUCAACUGAUUAGGUUCCAUAGCUUAGUAACUACUUUGUCUGUCUGUUAUGGAGUAUCCAGUUUUGAUAACAUUCAGAAUCAUGUAUGCAGACAGCUUAUUGUAAAUAUGUUCAUUUUAGUUUUCAGCUAUCUAACCAGUAUGGUGUGUGUUAGAAGCUGCAUGUGUGUAGUUCUCUGGCAGUAAAUGAAAGUGAUCCCAGCAUAGAUUUCCUGCCUUGUGAAUGCACUUGUUAUGACAUGUUAAUGAAUUAAUGUUCACAUGAAGUGAUAAGUUUUGUUUUCUUUGUUUGCUUGAAAUGUUUGAACUCUUUAUCACCAGAAGUUUAGUAAGUCACUGUUUAAAUUGGCACAAUGAAUACGGGGAAAUCCAUCUAACUGCAUUCCUGUUGGAUGCCCUGGCUGCUUUUGACUCUGUGCAACAUUCAGCCCUUAGUCACAUCAUGGCAUCAUAGGAUCCCUUUGAGUCAUUUCCAGUUUCUCCUUGACCACAAAUGCCAGGAAAGCAGUGCAGUCCCACGGCUAUGACUGGGCAAGCCUGCAGGCAGCAAGGGGCUGUCAGUUCUGUCCAGAGUGCCUGCAAAGUCCAAGUAGGAACCUCUAUUUCAUCCCCUUAGCAGGAACAGUCUCUGAGAAAGAUGAAUAAGCUCAGGGGCAAAGGGGCACUGUUUCUUUCACUGUUAAAAAGGGAUAUUAACAAUUAUUGGAAAAUAAAUGCAAAACUAACAGCUUCUCAAGCUACUGUGGUUGUUGUAUAGGCCUGUUAUCAGAACUAUGUCUGUUCAUAAAACAGACAUAUGAACUACAAAGUCAGUGGCAAAAAUCUUCUGAAAUCAGGGCUGCAGUUCAGAUCUGUGAGAAAAUAAGGCUGUAUAGAAAGAAGGAGCUGAUUUGUUCCUAGAUGCCCUGGACCUGGAUCUCAGGAAUGUAAUCAUCCCCUCUAAGCAGAAAGAAAUAAAAAUCAGGCCCCAAAGCACAGAAUCUAUCUUGCUUGGUGAGUCCCAUCAUGAUGCUUCAGGAUGAAUUGCAUGCUGGAGUACUGUGUGCUGCCUAUUCAUCAUCCCUUGCCCCUUCUUUAAGGUGACCAGACAUGAACUGGAAGGUUUUAUGAUCUUUCACAUAAAAAGGAUAAAAAGGAAGAGGGACAAGAUUGGUCUUUUCUUUACAUUCAAAAAGUUCUGCAGAUUUUGAAUUUACAUACUGUAAAGAAUCUGUGGCACAGUUUGUUUAAAAAUUAAUGAAUGCAGAUGAUAAAAUUUCUCCCAACUCUUGGCUCUAUUCUUGUAUAUUGUAGUUGGAAUGCCUUGUAGACUGAUUCUAUUUUUGUAGUUCAGAUCCUUUCUUCUUUACAAGGAUUGUUAGUCAUUUGCUUUUAAUGCUUUCUUACGGUGUGAACUGAUUUCUGUAACUUUCAUGUAUAAAACAAACUAGACAUUCUUUCUAUACUGGAAAUAUAGUCAUGAAUAUAAUAUUUCACUAAGUGUUGUACCUCUUAUGUACAUACAUCAAUAAAUGUUGAUUCAUAAUUUUCA